CAGUCCUUCAUAUUCACCUCCAAUCACAUUCGAAGCAGAAGAAAAACACAGAAAAGCCAGAAGAAAGGGAGAUAAAAGGGCCAAUCAAGAAAUCAACAGCACCAACAACCAUCUUCAGUGUCUAUUCUUCAACCCAGCAAGCCAUCCACUGCGACCACCAAGCACUAUUUCAAUGGUGAAAACUGAGGAGAAGAUCCAAUGUGCAGAGCCAUCCAAACCAGUGCAAUCAUCAUCAAGUAGGAAGAAGAAGUACAAAGGUGUAAGGAUGAGGAGCUGGGGGUCAUGGGUAUCUGAAAUAAGAGCACCCAAUCAGAAGACAAGAAUAUGGUUAGGCUCUUAUUCUACACCAGAGGCAGCUGCAAGAGCCUACGAUGCUGCACUCUUAUGCCUGAAGGGCUCUUCGGCCAAUCUCAACUUCCCAACAGCUUCAUCGGCUUAUAUCCCUGAUACAAUUAUGUCCCCCAAAUCCAUCCAAAGAGUUGCAGCUGCAGCUGCCAAUAAUACUUCUGAUACUACCUCCACUCCCACCACCCCAUCACCUUCUCCACCUCCGCCUCCCUCCUCAUCGGCGUUGUCCUCGCCGUCGCCGUCGCCUUCCUCUUCGUCUUCUGAUCACAACGAUGAUGACUACUGCCCUCUUUUACCAGGUUGGGCAAACGACAGUACAUAUGAAGCCGAAGAACCAAUACGUGUGAUUGAUCCAUGGAUGGAAUUCUAUGACCUGCAGUCACCCAAGUACUCCAGCCAAAUGCUUAAUGCUGCCACCUCUUUUACUACUCCGGCAUUGGAAGAGUUUUAUGAAGAAGGUGAUAUUCGUCUUUGGAGCUUCUGCUGAUCAACAAUAUCCAAAUCGAUAACCCCAGUUCUUGAUCAUUAUUUCUACCAAUCUUCUUCCUGGUUCUUAGUUUUUAGUUUUGAUACAUUACUGACAAAUGACCACAUCCAUCUGCUGUCUAGUAGUUCUUCUUUAGUGUAUGCCAUCUAGGAGAAGGCUUCACACUAAGGACAUUUUUUGGUCUCUUUUGUGAAUUCCUAUAGAUUGAUUUAUUUAUAUAUACAUAUAUAAACCCAUUAGAAGUUCUUGUAGUGAGUAAGAUUUAUUCAUGUAAUUUCAUGUACUGCAAUAAGGAGAGAGGAAGAAAAUUUCAUCUCAAUCAUCAUAUAAACGUCAAUAUUCUUGUUGUCU